AUGAUCAAAUUAGAAGCACAUACAUUUCAUAACAAAAAUGUUUCUCAACCUGUUUUCAUUUAAGAUAAAUCUCCUAUAGAUUUGGCCAGGUAAAAGAAAAUUACUUUCAGGAGAGAAUAGAUUAAUAAUGAUUCUAAUUUCUAAAUCCAAGUAUAUUAAACUAUUUAAUCAAACAGACUGAAGAUUCAGAAGAAAUCAUCAUAAUAAAACCUGAUUAUCCAGACUUCAUUAUGAAUGAUUUUACUAAAAUUGCAAUUCAAGAUGAUAUCUCAGAUUUUUAAGCUUUAUUAUUCCAUAACAGAGCUGCUAAAUUAUUAGAAUUUUAUACUUUAAAUUAGUAAUUAAUUAUCAUUACUUAGAAUACAAGUUUAGUAUACAACUGUUUUAUUCUCUAAAAUUAAUUAUGCUAUUUAUCUGAGAAGAUAUUCAUUUUCUGAUGAAUCUUUAAGUUUACUUUUAGAUUGUGAACAAAUCCUCAAAAUUAAAGGUAAAACCUUCAAAAAAGGAACUUUUGAUUCUUUGCAAUUAGCUAGGAUGAUUUAAAACAAAUUACUUAGAUUGAGAAUAAUGUUUUAAAUCACUUUGUUAUUUUCUGAAACUAAAAGGUAUAAAAUACAAUUUUUAGAAAAGAAAUAAGUAAGCCUUGGAUAUUGCUAAAGAUGCUGUAAAAGUUCUAAGGAGCAUUAUCUAAUAUACUAUUAAGUUAUGUUAGCAAAUAACUCUAUUAAACAAUAUUAAUAAAAAACAAAGAGCAAAUUCAGAAAUCAAUUCUCCAAUUCAUAAGAAUUCACAAUCUCAGUCAGUUUGCUAACCAUGCUAACCAUAAUAGUAGCCUUAAUCAUUGAACUAUCCAUAGAUUGUAGAAAUAGUAUUUAAGGAAAUAUUAAAUACAAUAAGAAGUGUUAUGCCGAAUGAAGAGAAAUCAAAUGAUAGUGGUAGUUAAAAUAAUCUGUUAGCACGCAAUCAUUAAAAUAGAAGUUAAUCUUUAUUUACAACUGAGUAGAUCUUUUAGACUCAAACUAAUAAUUAAUAAAAUAAACUCUUUACAAGAAUUGAAGAUAAUCAUCCAAUGUUGUAAAUGUAAAUUUUGGGAUUAAUGCAAUUAACAUAUGUUGACUUAGAAGAAUUAUUUCCAAUCAAUAGUUCUGAAAUGGUUAUAGCAGAAGAAGUAAUAUUAGAGUUGGUACUUGAUUCAAGAAUACAUUUUAGAUUAUGUUGACUGGUUUAAGUUUUUAUAGUAUAUCAACUGAAUUAAGAUUUCUGAAUAAUUAAGAAAAUAAAAUGAAUAUUGAAAUCUGGUUAGGAAAAGCUUUGGAAAUGUUUUAUACAUUUGUUCCUCAUACAAGUUAAAUAUUUUCUUAAAUCUAUUAAGUUUAUAAAAAAUUGUAUGGAGUAGAUAAACAGUCUAUAGUAUUUAUUUUAAUUGAUUUAUUUAGCCUGAAGAUGAAGAGGUUGAAUAUCACACUAAAUUGCUUAAGCCUCAUGCUUUUAAUAAUAAAGCUACACUCUCUAAUAAAGUUGUCAUUAUUAUCAAAGUUCCAAUAUUUAUAAAUAAACAAACUAAAGAACUAUCUAAAAAGUUAAAUCAAACAAAUUCUACAAUCACAAAACUUUAACAAUCCUUAACAGCCAAAAAACAAAUUCUAUUUCCUUAAAAACAUUCUAUUUCUCAACAGGAAACUGAAAAAAAAUUUGAAACACUACAAGAAGAGGGAGAAAUCUCACCAAAAUAAUAAUAAUAGUUGUUUAUAAAAAAAUAGAAAGUUCUCUAACCAUAGAUGGAUAUCAAGUAAAGAGUAGAAAUAUUAAUGAAUUAAAUUUUAACUUAAUAAGCUAAACUUACUUAAGAAAAGUUAAAAUAGAAACAUACGCCUAUUACUACUUUGAAAUAAAAAUAUCAUAUUAGCACUAAGGUUUAUGAUGAACCAAAAUUAUUGAAUCUAACAACAUCAUAAUAAUUUAAAACUUCUGUUCCAAUUAGUAGAUCAUUGUCAAACUCACGAAAAACAAGUUAAGCUCAUCUAAAAAAUCUAAAUGAUAAUAAUGCUAAAACUGCUUAAUUAAGAUAUAGAACAUAAAUUAAUACUUUACCUGGAGAUGAAUCUUCAAAAUAAAUUGCUUAAUAGAUUUCUACUUAAGUUACUAGUUUAAAUCGUCAAUCUAAUGUAUUUUUAUUUAUUAAAUUAGAAAUACUUCUUAUUAAAACGGAGUGAUUCUGCCAAAAAAUCAAAAAUUCCAUUUUAAUAACGUUGA